CGCUGAUAUGCCAUCUUACGAACCGUGAUCCUGGCUCUGGCACAUUAUACGAACCAGAGCGGCUGAGGGCCUGACUUCGUGGCUUCGUGUCUGUAUAGCAAUGGGAAGCACCGAAGCGGACUCUUGCCGGUCUCCGAAAAGGCGCAGCGUUGGGUGCUGUAUGCUGCCUCGUGUUUCGAGCCGACUUCGAGACAUGUUGAUCCGAGCUGACUUCAUAAUGGGUUGAGCGGGCUCGGGCGCAGGUCCGAUGUUCGAGGCCCAGCUCUGUGGCUUCGCGGGCCAUGGACUAUAUAGUCUCGCAGCUAUCAUGGGACUGUCCAGCGUGAUGUGAAAUUGUGGGAGAGUGUCUAUAAGACUUUGAAUCUGGCAACGAAACCUAUACGACGCUGCAGAGCUUUUUGAGCCUCAUUGUGCUUACCGCAGACAUCGUCAUGGGCAUCAGCAGCAGCCACCUCCGGCGUGAUGUCGCCGCGAGUGGCUUUCAACCCUUCAGCGUGGUGAAUGGUCUCCCACAAAACUCGACUAAUGGAAACUCGGAGCUCGGAACCCUCGACGCACAGACUCUACCUGCGUUUCAGACCGACAACCCACUGCCGAACGGAUUCCCUUGGAGCCUGUUGAAUGUCCAGACCAAUUACUACAAAGAGAAUCCGCGCACUGGGGUUAUCCGGCGGUAUGAUUUUACCGUCAGUCGAAAAACAAUUGCUCCGGACGGGUACCAGGUGGAAGGCCUACUUGUCAACGGAGCGUUUCCCGGCCCCCUGAUCGAGGCCAAUUGGGGGGAUACGAUACAGGUCACAGUGCACAACAACAUCUCAGGACCGGACGAGGGCGUGGCGCUGCAUUGGCACGGCUUCCUCCAAACAGACAAGCCGUGGGAAGAUGGCGUGCCCGCCGUGACCCAGUGCCCUGUCCCUCCUGGGAAGUCCUUCACCUACUCCUUCGAGGCCGAGUUAUACGGCACGACUUGGUAUCACUCGCACUAUUCUGCGCAAUACGCCGGUGGUCUUUUCGGACCCAUGGUGAUUCAUGGGCCGAUAGAGAGGGAGUACGACAUUGACAUUGGUCCGGUCAUGCUAACCGACUGGUUUCACAAGAACCACGAUACGCUCGUAGAAGAGGUCAUGGAUCCCAAGGGACGGGGCAUAGUGUUAUCUGUUAACAACUUGAUCAACGGAAAGAACAACUUUGACUGCUCCAAGGUCGAUGCCGGCGACAAGACGCCGUGUGUAAGCAACGCAGGGCUCUCCAAGUUUCGCUUCAAGCGCGGCAAGACGCACCGCCUGCGACUGAUCAACUCCAGCGCCGAGGGCCUGCAGCGCUUCUCCAUAGAUGGACACAACAUGACCGUCAUCGCCAACGACUUCGUCACCGUCGAGCCGUACACUACAAACGUGGUGACACUCGGCGUCGGACAGCGCGCCGACGUGCUCGUCACGGCCGACGGGCCCGCGGACGGCGCCUACUGGAUGCGCGCCAACAUGUCCGUCACAUGCAGCCUGACGAAGCAGCCGAACGCGCUGGCCGCCGUGUACUAUGACGAUGCGAACGUCUCUGAAGCCCCCAAGUCGACGGGCUGGGACGUGCCGGACCCCAAGACGUGUGCCAACGACGACCUGGAGUUGACGCGCCCGACCAUGAAGCUCCCCGUCCCGGAGCCCGACCUGACGUACGUCAUGGAGAUCAAAAACUUCCGCAACGAGACGGGCCACCCGCUGUGGUCAAUGGACGGCGUCGCCUUUCGGGGUAACUACAACAGCCCGACGCUGCUGAUGAGCCACCUCGGCAACUUGACUUUUGAGAAGGAGUGGAACGUGCGGAACACAAAGAACGCGAAGAGCGUGCGAGUGCAUGUCAAGAACCUGGCGGCAGUAUCGCACCCGAUGCACUUACACGGUUUCAACAUGUACCUCCUGCACGAGGGCGAGGGCCCCGACUGGGACGGCACAAUCCUGCACCCAGAGAACCCUCAGCGGCGAGACGUCGUCCAGCUGCGGGCGAGUGGACACGUCGUGAUACAGUUUGACGCCGACCAGAACCCGGGUGUAUGGCCGUUUCACUGCCACAUUGCGUGGCACGUCUCGGGCGGCCUCUUUACGCAGUUCCUGACGGCCGCGGACAAGGUCAGCCAGAUGCGCCCUCCGAGCGUCGUGGCGGAGACGUGCCGACAGUGGGCGACGUGGACAAACACGAAUAUUCCGAACCAGAUUGACAGCGGGCUGUGAUGGCUGUACAUGUCUCUCCCGGGAUGGCUGUGUCGUGAGCAUGCAAGAUUGGGCACCUCAUAACAUGGUGGUAAUUCACGAGGA